AUGUCUUCUGAUAAGAAAGUACGAAAAUUAAGUUCUGAUCAAUUAUCAGAACUUCGACAAGCAUUUAAUUUAUUUGAUUCGGAUAAUAGUGGUGGUAUAACAAUCGUAGAAUUGAAACAAUCAUUAUCUGCAUUAGGUGUUAGUAUAACGGAACAAGAAGCUCGUCAAAUGUUUUCCGCAAUUGAUGUUGAUAACAAUGGUCGUAUUGAAUUUGAAGAAUUUGCUGAAAUUGUUGCAGAUUUUUAUUUUAAAAAAUAUUCUCGUGCUGAAAUACUUGAAGCAUUUAGAAGAUUCGAUCAUAAUCGUGAUGGUUUCAUUGAAGCUGAAGAAUUAAAAAAUAUUCUAAGUCAACUUGGAAGAAAUUUUUCUAAUGAAGAAAUUCGUACAAUGAUUCAAAAAGUUGAUCGAGAUGGAAAUGGAAAGAUAUCGAUUGAAGAAUUUGCUGCACUUGUUGAGAAAGAAUCUUCACAGAAUUGA